UGCAUUUGAACCAAACGGCCUUCGCUGGCCUCCGUCGCCGCGCCGCCGUCCAGGGGCUCCCGAGGGCGCUGUUCCAGACACCAGCCGUCGGUGUCCGCCGUGCCGCAUCUUCGUCCCCAAAACCACGGGAAACAUCCGCCCUCUGGGAGACGAUGCUUAAGGUACAAGGAAAACCAUUUUCUGGAACAUCUUAAUUGUAAUCGAUGACAGGCAAGGGGUAGACAUGCUACAGUCAAGAAAACUGCAGUUUUCGAAAGAAAACAAUACCGAGGAGCUCUCCCAACUCGCUUCCCUGGCACUGUCAGGUGACGAAGCGCCCAGCGAAAAAAGCUCAAGUGACAUCCCCGAAAAAACUGGUUACCCGGACCCCGUUUACAUUAUGGCAGCGAACAUUUUUCAGGGUAUUCGAAUCGAAAAGUCACCAGAGAAAGUCUUAAUAAAGUAUGGGAACGAACCCCUGCGGUCCUUGUCCGAGGAGUCCGAGGACGAAUCCUUUCAGCGAUUGUCCUACGAGCUGGCCUUCAGUGCCCUGAAGUAUCAAGGUAUUUUGGAAACUAUAUUAAUAGAUAGCUGUAUUUUUCCAAGUACUACAAUACCAGAUCAUUUGAGCUGUCUAAUUAUUGUGAUGCUGUAUGAUUUCCAAGAUAGAAAAUUUCAAGCUCGUCUCCUUUCUAAAAACGAAGAGUCCAUAGAGGAAGUUCAAGAAGUAGAGAACCUUCUUAACAGUUUUAAGACAAAAUUGGCUGCGGCAUUGGCAAGAUAUCGAAUCAAACAUGAUGCCCUUUCAAUUUACCACAUUCUUCCAGAAACAGUUAGGAACCAGGAGCUAAGGGCCUCCACUUUACCACUUUAUGCCUGGAUAAAUACCUCUAAAAUCAGCCCUGAAGAAGUUUAUUAUAGUUUGAAGAAAAAAGGCUACAAUAAAGUCAAAUCUGUAUUGCACAUUGGUGGUAAAGUCUUUGCUGUGGACCAACAUUGCUACGAUGUCUUAGUUUUCCCAUCUCAUCUUAAAAGUGAUCUUCUAAAUGUAGAUCUUUUCAAAGAUUAUAAACUGAUAUUUCAGGACAAAUCUCGAAGUCUUGCUGUCCAUUCUGUAAAGGCUUUAUUAAAUGUGGAUGAUGAUAUCUUAAUGGUCAAUACAGGUUCAUGGUACACAGUUGCCCAUAUGUCAAUCUUAACAAAUAAUAAUACCUCAAAAAUAUUUGUGUGUGGAGUACAGUCACAAGCUAAGCAUCCUGACCUGAAGAACCUUUUCACAAAAAUGGGAUGUAAAAACAUUGAAAUACUUCAUGAGACAUUUCUGAACAUUGAAUUGAAGGAUAAUAGAUUACAGAAAGUUAAAGUGAUUCUGCUGCUUCCUCGUUGUUCAGGACUGGGUAUUAGUAAUCCAGUAGAAUUUAUUUUAAUUGAGCAUGAAGAUACAGAUUUGCUUAAAGAUUUCUCACAAGGAGGCACAUCAGAAGAUAAACUUCAUGUUCUUGCUCAACAGCAAUAUGCACAACUAACACAUGCAAUGAAAUUUACUAAAGCUCAAGCUGUUGUUUACUGCACAUGCUCAGUUUAUCCAGAAGAAAAUGAAGCUGUUGUUAAGAAAGCACUGGAAUUUCAAGACCGUGGGACCAAAGUACAACCUUAUAGGCUUAGCCCUCCUGUCCUUCCGCUGUGCUCCUUGAAGGAAAUUCGUUUGUCUACUGAUAAAUUUUUCAGAGUGGAACCAUCUGAAAUUACCAAUGGCUGUUUUCUUUCUGUUCUAACAAGGGAGCGGGACCCAUCUGAGACAGUGUCUGUGAAAGAUGUUCUGGCCCGCGCUGCAUCGAAGGGCCUACUGGAGGGGAUUGAGCUGGGAAAAUCUUCGAAACGGGACAAGAAGAAGAAAAGAUCGAAAACUUCGUUGCCAAAAGCUCCCUCUACUGAUAGUAACGGCAUUCAAAUGAAAAUUGCUGAGUUCCUGAGUAGAGAAACUAAUGCAAAUGCUAAUCGGUCACAGGUAGCAACAACAAAAACCUCUCUCACACAGAAAAGCACAAUUCAAGUGGGUUCUUCCUCACAGGUCAGAAAACCCAGCAAGCCUGCCACCAAUCCCUUAGUGCCCACGUUUAGGAAGAACACAUCUGCCUCCAGGCCAUGUGAACGUCCCACAAACCUCGUAAGACCUCGCCCCGAAGGCAGGAUGGUUGUACUGAAACCUGUAGAGAUUGUUUUGCCUCCAGUAGCGUUCCCGUUUUCAACUCCCCAAGAAAUCAGACCUCAGAUACCAACUUACCAUUUCUACUAUCGCUGGAUUACACCCAAGACUGUUGUGCCCGGCUACCUUUCCACAUCAUCAAUAUCCAGAAAAGGAGAGAAGCCUAAAGAAAACUUACCUUCCUCCCUACUCAGACAUCGUCGACCAUGGCUUUGACUGUCUUGUGUGUGUGUGGUUGUUUUACAGGGGUCAAGAGCAGUUGAUUUUUUUCAAAGUCUGAUAUUUCUCUGAAGGUUAGACAUUCCUACACAAGAUACUCAUCCUUUCGGUUACUUAGUAUCUUCUAAAUGUGAUAUUACCUUCAAGAGAAUUAAGACAAGUGAGAAACAAUAAUGUAGGCAGUUAAGCAAAGCAAAAUUCAGAGAUUUCAACAGCUCAGUGCUGAUCUGCUCUAGAAUGUCUACCUGUAGACUCAGUAUCAGCUGUUAGAACUUGUCUCACCCUUAUUAACUUACAGUGUGGGCUUAGGACAACUACUUUAAAAGAAAGCUGCAACCAUGUGUUCCUGCCUUAUUAACAAGCUUUUCUCCAAACUUAAUUUGUGAGGCAAUUUAUUAGGAAGCCCAGGUGUGGAAAAGAUGCUGGCCCUCUCUCACUGACUUAAGAUGAUUGCUCUUCAGUGUCUAGUCAGUCAUAGUUUAACAUUUUCAGUCACUAUCGAGGUUCAUUUUUUUCUUAAGUAGCAAAACAUUGUUUAAGCAGGGGAUGAUGUGAGUUUUGUAAUGUGACUGCGGUUGGGUAUGAGUAGGAAGAACAGGAAGCUCCAAAGUUCCAGGUGUGGGUAGUUCAGAUGUCCACUUAGAGUGAAAAUUGUUUCUCACUGGAAGAGCUUCCAGGAUCCUGAGCAGAUCGAACAUAAUCAGCCCCCCCCUUCUACUUAUGCCAAGUGCUAUUGUAAAAAAAGUGACUGUAAGCAAAUUUCCAUCUAAAUAGUAAUGAUUUUGAGCAAGAGGCAAACUGUUGAAUGUAAGUGAUACCUAAUGUUGAAGAAACCCAUAACAUUUCUGAUUCUAUUCAAAGAUCAAAUAUUGAAAUCUACGAGUCAUUUCAAAUGGCACACAGUAAUCAAAUUUUGGUAAAUCAUUUCUGAUGCACAAUGAAAAUAUAUUAUAGCACUGUUAAUUAUAUUAAAAACCAAUUAAUCUUGAACGUAUCAUCAAUUGUCUACCAAGAAUUGGUAUGAUUAUCAUUUCUGGGUCUGUUGAUUCUUUUUUUCAUCAUGGUAAAAUAAAUUGCUUGACAUUAAA